CAACGGAAGUAGUUCAUCAAAGAUUGAUCGCACGGGAAGCAUUAGUAAGAUGUACCCCUUCGGUCCUCUGCGCUCGUUCGCGGCUCCCUCUGGCCGCCUGCUUGACGGACAAGGUUCGUCUUACCCUGCUCCAAGCUCUACAGCCAACAGUACGGGUGUCAUUACUCCCAAGAUCUACCCUUUUGGGCCUCCAGGCCCGCUUUCACUAUCUUUCUCCGACACUUCUGGCCCACCAAAUGCACCACUAGCAUCCUCCCCUUGGAUGGGCGUCCUCCGCACAUUACCGUCCCACAAAAUGAAGCUUACCCGGUUCCGGGGUACGUGGGAGGGCAAUAUGGGUACUCUCGUCCAAAGUCGGGACUCGAUUACGGAGGAUAUCCUCCCAACACGGGUUAUGCAGGACAGAACGUGGAGUACCCAGCAAGGGAGACUCAUCUUGGGUCGUGGCAGUUCAGAUGAAACUAGAGGGUGUGAGCUUCGCCAGUGAAGUCGGUAUGCUAAGACACUCGACUCAUGAUAAGUGACUAUGUGAUGAAUGAUGAGCAGCUUCUUAAACAUUAAACGAUGAGAAGACUUGUCGGGAAGAGAUUGAAAGCGCCAGUAGC